GAAGUCACGUCUUGUUGUCACGUGAACUAACAGCCCAGACCGGUUAAAAUAGCUAGACUUUUCUUUCGCAAGAAAUUGUUCAAGAUAGCCGUAAUAGAAGCUAACAGCAUUAUAAAUCAUAGCAGAAAUACUUAACCAAGAGAUACAUGCUGUUGAUUCAAAUUUCGUUCGGUUUUGAAGCUAAAUCGUGGCGAUAGCUUUCAUUGCUGAUUUCGCCUGUUGAAGACUGUUUUUCUACCCGGUUUUCUAUUAUGACCGACAGUGUUAAUAUGUCCGAAACUGAAGCCCUCCUAAAAGGGCAAGUUAGACCAGUGUAUAGUGGAUCUCUUAAUCCAGUAGCACAAGAUCCAUCGAGAUCGAUAGCUGAGUCUGAAUACUUGGUGCGGAAGUCCAAAGAGGACUUCGAUCAGCCAGGUAUUCCUGUCUUUAGGGCAAUAUUUGUAGUGAUGAAUGCGGCGAUGGGAGCUGGGAUUUUGAAUUUUCCACAAGCAUUUGCUAAAGCUGGAGGUGUUCAGAGUGGAAUGUUAAUACAAUUGGUAAUGUUAUCCUUUAUAAUCGGAUCAUUUGUAAUACUGGCUUACUGUGCUGAUAAAAGUGGAGCCCAAAACUACCAAGACAUAGUGCGAGAUAUCCUUGGUGUGAAGUUCUACUUCUUGACCCAGAUAUGUGUGUUGCUUUACAUGAUUGGUACUGGGAUUGCAUACUUGAUUCUUAUAGCUGAUCAGCUAGAGAAAGUUGGUGAAGCGAUAUCAUCAGAGCACCAUUGGUAUCUGGACAGAAAGUUCUUGCUGUCAUUCGUAGCAGUUGUAUUCAUUCUUCCACUUUGCCUUCCAAAACAUCUUGGAAUCCUUAGCUACACUAGCACAUUGGGCAGCUUAGGUGUUGCUUAUAUUUGUUUUGUUGCUAUUUUUAAAUAUUUUCGUGGAACAUACCGAGCAACUGAAUUCCAGGAACAUGUUGAAAGACCUUGGACUCAGCUAUUUACUGUUAUUCCAACUAUUUGCUUUGGUUAUCAGGUGCAUGUCCAAGCAGUAUCAGUAUAUGCAGAAUUAAGACGACCUACUCUGCCUCGUUUUACUAUUGUCUGUUUCAUGGCAAUGAUGUUGUGUUGUACAUCAUAUUCUCUUACUGCAUGCUUUGCCUACUUAACAUUUGGACAGAAGGUCAAGGGAGACAUAUUAUUGAACUAUGAUCCCAAUGAUACUUUAGCAAAUGUUGCGAGAGUUGCAUUGGCGCUGGUUAUAUUUUCAUCUUAUGCAACUGUUUGCUUUUGUGGAAGAGCUUCCUUAGAUGGUCUUUGGUUAUCAUGUUGGCGAAUGUCUCUACGUGAUGCUGAGCAGCAUGCAAAACAUAGGAGAAUAAUUAUAACAGUAGCAUGGGUCUUGGGUACCCUCCUCCUUGCACUGUUUGUCUCGGCAAUAGACUAUGUUAUUUCAAUUAUUGGAGGCUUAGCUGCAGUGUUCAUACUGUUGUUGCCAGGAUUGUGCCUUGUUGUGGAAGUAUUACGUUAUCAUCACUUGACAUCAUUCAAGUGGAUUCAGCUGAUCAUUGGAUUAAUAUUCGUAUUUGUAGGAACCUUUUUGUUUGGGGAAUCGGAAGUAUUAGCCAUCAUGGAAGACCUGACUCGUAAAAACUUAUAUUGAUGAUGAUACUGUAAAUGCAAAUCAUUUAUUUUAUUAGGAAAGGAUGCAGAGACAUUAAAUUUAGAGAGCAACAAAUCARUGCAAGGACAUGCAGUCUAUUUAUCAAACUAAACUAUUGGUACCUUAAGGUUGAUUGCGUCAGAAUAUUGGAGUUGGAAUUGGAGUCAUUAAGCARCUUAUGAUGAAGUGAAAACCUGAAAACAGAGUCGGAGUCAUAAGCCCCUCAAAAUUGGAAUUUGAAGGAUCAGAAGGUUUCCAUUUUCUUUCUAUUUCUAUUCCGACUCCAAUCUUUACCACAAGUGAAAACUAGAAUAUUAGACAACUAGAAUAUUGGAAGAAGAAUCAGAAUCACAGCAUCUUUGUAAAUCAGUCAUUAUUGAGGGAUUUCUGUGUCAAAUAAAGUUUAUUAUUAAGCAGACAACCAAUCACAAUGCUCUUCUCCAGGCUCUCGUUAGAUAAAGUACAUAUUACRUCAAAUCGGGGCUUCUGCUUCCAAAGCUCAUUCCGCUUAUGACUAUCAAUUUUCUCUUGCAUUAAUUGCUUAUGACUCUGAUUCUGAAUCCUACUCCGGUUCUGRCGCAAGUGAAGAGCAAUUUUCAUAAAAAGAACUCAAGCUUAGUAACUGUGCAGUGUGCAUGCUAAAGAGCCAGAACACAACAUCCCGGGAAAAUGUACUUGAUUUCUCGCUUGGUGCACUGGCUGACCAACGGUCUACCAUUAAGCUACCAACUAAUGUACGACACUUCACAACUUCACAACACCCCUAAGCUUUGUAAAGCCAAGAGUUUCUAAAGAAAAGAUACUACCUAACGAUUAAAAGAUGGCUGAAAUCGGUUAACAGGG